AUGUACCUAAAGAUUAUCAUGCCAUUCACCAUGCACAUGGAGGCUGAGGAUGUGGCGCUGCGCUUCAUGUCCCAGCGGGCGUACGGCCUGCUCAUGGCCACCACCUCCAAAGAGUCAGCUGACACCCUGCGACUUGAGCUGGACGGAGGCCGCGUCAAACUCACUGUCAACCUUGAUUGUAUCAGGAUAGACUGUAGCCUCAGCAAAGGACCUGAGAUGCUGUUUGCGGGGCAGAAGCUGAAUGACAACGAGUGGCACAUGGUAAAGGUGGUGCGAAGAGGCAAGAAUCUGCAGCUGUCUGUGGAUAAUGUCACAGUGGAAGGCCAGAUGACUGGUGCCCAUACGCGUUUAGAGUUCCACAACAUUGAGACGGGCAUCAUGACAGAGCGCCGCUUCAUAUCUGUGGUGCCCUCAAACUUCAUUGGCCAUCUACAGGGCCUGAUCUUUAACAGUGUGCCGUAUCUCGACCAGUGCAAGAACGGAGACAUCUCCUACUGCGAGCUGAACGCCCGCUUUGGCAUGCGUCACAUCAUCGCCGAUCCAGUGACAUUUCGAACAAAAGGCAGCCACUUAGCAUUAGCCACGUUACAGGCUUACGCCUCGAUGCACCUCUUCUUUCAGUUCAAAACCACCACGCCUGAUGGCCUGAUGCUCUUCAACUCUGGAGACGGGAGUGACUUCAUAGUUGUGGAACUGGUGAAAGGGUACGUUCAUUACGUUUUUGAUCUCGGUAAUGGUCCAUCGCUAAUGAAGGGCAACUCUGACAAACCACUCAAUGACAACCAGUGGCACAAUGUGGUGGUGUCCCGAGAUGCCAACACCGUACAUACUUUGAAGAUCGACUCACGCACCGUCACGCAGCACUCCAAUGGUGCCCGCAACCUGGACCUCAAAGGAGAGCUGUACAUCGGUGGCGUGCCUAAGAACAUGUACACCAGUCUGCCCAAACUGAUUGCAUCCCGGGAUGGGUACCAGGGCUGUUUGGCCUCUGUGGACCUGAAUGGGAGACUCCCUGAUCUGAUUGCAGAUGCCCUCCACAAGGUGGGGCAGGUGGAACGAGGCUGUGAUGGGCAGCACGGUGGUUCAACUGGGAAAGCUACUGCCUCUCAGCAAACAGGUCCCUGGUUCUAA